AUGAGGGCAAAUACUCAAGAUAAAUGGGAGGUAAUACUAGAAUCGGAUCAAGAAGACAAUUCACAGGAUCAAAAACAAUCCACAAGAUCCCCAUCAAGAAGAUUAACUCGAAGAAACACCAAAUCCAAAUCUAGUGAUCAAGUUAAAUUACGACGAAGAACUGAUCAAUUAACAGUUCAAGUUGGUGAUACCGUCAAAUUACAAUCAAAUAAUAUAACAAAUUAUGCAUUAAUCAAAGAAAUAAAAUUAGAUGUAAAUGAAACAUUUGAAGUAGUUGUUUUAUGGUUUACUACAAAGGAAGAAAUCAAAAAUUGCCCAAUCGAAAUACUUCAAAAUGAGGUAUUAUUAACUCCAUAUACCGAUGAGAUUAAUAUCAAUGAUGUACUAGAACGUGUUCAAAUUUCACCACCAAAAGAGAAUGAAAAUCAUGGAGAAUUGUUUUGUCAAAGAGCCACUAAUGAAGCUGAUAAAAUCUCAGAAAUUUUUAAUUAUAAUGAUAUGAUAAAAAUGCUAUAUGGCGGUUCAAUAGUUGAUUGUGUUAAAAAAUUGCUUUUUAAACCAAACUUAGUGAAAGAGGAAACAAAACAGAAGAAUGAACAAAAAAAAGUGAAAGAGAGGAAACAAUCCGGAGUAAAAUUAGAAUCAAAUAAUAGAAAUGAAGAAUCAUUCGAUGAUCUAGAAGACCUGGAUGAACUGGCAAAAGAUAUAAGCUCUAAUUCAGAAAGUGAAGAAGAAGAAGAAGAACUUAGUGAGGAAAUAAUUGCAACACCAAGAAAACGCAAACCAAGAUCUACAAAUUCAUCACCAUCUAAAAGACCAAAUUCAUCACCAACUAAAAGACCAAAAUCAUCGCCACAUAAAAACUCAAAUAUAGAGAGCAUUUAUUCAACUUUAAGUCCAAAUAGAAAAAUACAAAUUACUCAAUCUAAUAAUAAAAUGCCAUUAUUUACCUCACCAUCUAAAAAUAAAAAGGGACAUGAACUACUAGAUCCAACAUCUGAAGCUUUUAAAGAAAUUAAAGCUAGAUUACAUACAUCUCAAAAAUUAAAUGCACUACCUGGUAGAGAAGACGAGUUUUCAAUGAUUUACGCAAGUUUAGAAAGUGCUGUAAAUGAAGAAACUGGUUGUUGUAUAUAUAUUAGUGGUGUUCCAGGUAUGGGUAAAACUGCCACUAUAAAAGAUGUUGUACAUCAAAUGAAAGAGUUGGUAACAGAAAACCAAGUAAAAGAUUUCAAUUUCAUCGAGAUAAAUGGAUUAAAAUUGUUAUCUCCUACUGUUGCUUAUAGCAUGUUAUGGGAAUUCAUAAGUGGUGAUAAAGUAGCAGAUUCUAAUGCAGUAGUAUUACUAGAAGAAUAUUUCAAAAUUGACGACCCACAGAGAAAACCAUUAGUUAUAUUAAUGGAUGAAUUAGAUCAAAUUGCUCAAAGAAAACAAAACGUAAUGUAUAAUUUCUUCAAUUGGCCAACUUAUAAUACCUCAAAAUUAAUUGUUAUAGCAGUAGCUAAUACUAUGGAUUUACCUGAAAGAAUGUUAUCCAAUAAAAUAUCUUCUAGAAUGGGAUUAAGAAGAAUUCAAUUCAGAGGUUAUACAUAUCAACAAUUAGGAGUGAUUAUUCAACAUAGAUUAGAUAUGUUAACCAAAACAAGUAGAAAUAAAGUAGAGAUAAAUGCUGAUGCUAUUGGAUUUGCAUCAAGAAAAGUCGCAAGUGUUUCAGGUGAUGCAAGAAGAGCAUUAACAAUAUGUAGAAGAGCUGUUGAAAUUGCUGAAAAUAAUGGAGAAUCACAAGUUUUAAUAUCACAUAUUUCACAAGCUAUAAAUGAAAGUAUAAAUUCUCCGUUAGCUCAAUAUAUUGCAGGUUUAUCAUUUGCAGGAAAAUUAUUAUUAAGUGCCAUAUUAAAAAGAAUACGUAGAACUGGAUUUUCAGAAAAUUCAGUUGGUGAUGUAUCUGAUGAAAUGAAAAAUUCAUUGGCUAUGUCUACAACAUCAAAUCCAUUUCAAGAUAAUUCUUCUCAAUUUGAUUUGUUAUAUACAACUAAUGGAAAAACUAGUAUAAGGAUCUUUAAUUUUGAAUUUAUAUUAAAUUCUUUAGUUGAGGCUGGUAUUUUAAGUUUACUGAAUAUAUCGACAGAUAGAAAGAGAAUGAUAUCGUUAAAUGUAAGUGAAGAUGAAGUUGUUUCGGUAUUAAAAAGAGAUAAAGAAGUGACUCAACUUUUAUAG